AUGCCAUCCAGCUUGGACCACGAGAAGCACGAAUACUCGGUAGCGCCCUCCGACUCUGAUAACUCGUCGACAAUCACCGCUUCGGAGAGAAGUGCUCCAGGCGUGUCUAUAUCGCGGACGGUGUCUGAGGUGCGAGAUGGCAUCUCAAACCAGAGGGAUCUGGAGCUGGGAGACGAUGUUAUUGAGAAGUCGCCCACGGUCAGAGUCGACGACCCGAAUCUGGUCAAAUGGACCGGCCCCGAUGACCCUGAGAACCCAAAGAACUGGCUCCUCAAGAGGAAAUGGGCCGCUGUCUUUUGCGUAUCUUGCUUCACCCUCAUCUCGCCCGUAGCCUCAUCCAUGGUUGCCCCCGGCCUCCCCCAGAUCAGCAAAGACCUGCACAUCACGGAAGAAAUCGAAAGCGCCCUCGUGCUGUCCAUCUUCGUCGCCGCCUACGCCCUCGGCCCCCUGAUGUGGGGUCCGCUCUCCGAGCUGUACGGCCGCACCAUCAUCCUGCAGGUCUCCAACCUGUGGUUCCUCCUCUUCAACCUCGGCUGCGGCCUCGCCAGGACCGAAGCCCAGAUGUUCGUCUUCCGCUUCCUCGCGGGCAUCGGAGGGUCGGCGCCCCUCGCCAUCGGCGGCGGCGUGCUGGGCGACCUGUUCAACGCCGAGCAGAGGGGGAAAGCCAUGAGCAUCUACUCCCUGAUGCCGCUGCUGGGGCCGGCGCUGGGGCCCAUUGCCGGCGGCUGGGUCACCGACCGGACGACGUGGCGAUGGGUCUUUUACAGCACGACGAUUGCCUGCGGCGUGAUCCAGGCCGCGGGCGUCUUCUUCCUGCAGGAGACGUAUGCGCCGGUGCUGCUGCAGCGCAAGAAGAUGGCGCUGAUCAAGGAGACUGGCAACACCAAUCUCGUCACCGAGUACGACAACCCGGAUCGUACCGUCUUCCAGACCUUGACGAUUGCACUUACACGGCCGUUCCGCCUUCUGGCUACGCAGCCCAUUGUGCAGGUCAUGUCCUUGUACAUGAUGUUUCUCUACGGCGUGACGUACCUGAUUCUCUCCACGUUCGCCUCCCUGUGGGCCACCGAGUACCACGAAAGCCCAGGCAUCGCCGGCCUCAACUACAUCUCCCUCGGGCUCGGCUUCUUCCUGGGCGCUCAGAUCUGCGCACCGCUGCAAGACCGCAUCUACGCCGCCUUGAAGAGACGCUACGUCCCCGACGGCGGCCCCGGCCGUCCGGAGUUCCGCGUCCCCAUGCUCAUCCCGGGCGCCAUCUUCCUCCCCAUCGGCAUCCUCAUCUACUCAUGGACCGCAGAGGCGCACACGCACUGGAUCGGGCCCAACAUUGGCGCCGUGGUGUUCGGCGCCAGCAUCAUCAUCGGCUUCCAGUGCAUCCAGGGAUACAUGGUCGACUCGUACACCCGAUACGCAGCCAGCGCCGUGAGCGCCGUGACGGUGCUGCGCAGCCUGGCCGGCUUUGGGUUCCCGCUGUUUGCGCCGACCAUGUACAACAGGCUCGGGUAUGGCAUUGGCGGGACGGUGCUUGCCGCUGUUGCUAUUGGCAUUGGGUGGCCGAGCCCCAUCUUCUUGUGGUUUUAUGGCCCGAAGCUGAGAGCUAUGAGCAAGUUUGCGCAGUGA